AUGGCUUGCGAUGACCAGUGCUUGAGUGGUAAAGCUCUCCGAAAAUUCGAGACAAUCAACAAGGUGAAAGUUUACAGCUUCACACCCUCUGACGCUCACCCUCACAAGACAAUCUUGGUACUUUCUGACGUGUUCGGAGUGGAGCUCAAGAAUAUUCAAUUGAUCACCAAUCAACUUGCAAAAAGAGUUGGCGUAUCAGCCUAUCUGAUUGAUUAUUUGAAUGGAGACCCUGUUCCAGAGGCUGCUCUGAAAGGGAAUUUUUUGCUUCCAGGUUGGUUAGUAAACCAUGGCCCAGAGCAAACGAGGGCCUUGUUGAACAAAGUCAUGGAGGCUCUCAAUCCCAAAAGGUUCACGGACUUCGCGGCUGUUGGAUACUGCUUUGGUGGUAAAUAUGUCUUCAACCUUGCUCAAGAGAAUGCGUUGAAGGUUGGAGCUACUAGUCAUCCUAGUCUUCUAGAAAAUCCCAAAGACAUUGAGAAACUCUUGGAAUCCAGUCAUCUUGAUAGUCACUUCCCAAUUGAAUUCCAAAAGUUGACCGACAAAAUCUUGGGAGAUGGCAAAUACAAACCUGGGUACAAGCACAACUAUUACGCCGGCGUGGUACAUGGGUUUGGGUCUCGGGCUGAUCUGGACAAUCCAUUAGAAACGAAGGCAUUUGAAGAAUCAACAGAGGAAAUUAUCAGUUGGUUCAAGACUCAUCUGAUGGUCUCCACAAAAUAA